AACGGAAACUGCGCGUGAGAGACAUGCGCGUACGCCAGUGAGAGAAAGAGAAAAACAUUUCUGCACUUUUGAAGCUCAACUUCACUUCUUCAGCUCGACAGACCUGCCAUUUCCUUCAGCCUUUACUUUCUCUGUCUGUGCGGCGUUCGUUAUUUGCCCGCGGAGAUGGAGAGCGCACAUUAAGACGCGUGUAAUGUGACAUGAGAAGAGGUUAGAAAGUUUUCAAAUCGAGCUCAUGUAACGAAGUCUAUAACCGAGCGAUGGUUAAUAGGCUAAAAUAAACCCCAGAAGCCUUAAACAAGAAACCCCGAAGCUUACAAGUCCUCGUUUUCCAUUGAUAGUAAGCCAAAUAUCUCUUCACUUGUCAGGGAAACGCCUUUCCAGCAUUGAAGAUAUGAGGAGCUGGAUUGCAAUGGAAAGCACUUUGUCAAGCAUCAUGCUGGCAUCCUGAUCGCUCAGCCGUGGAGUGACACUAUCAAUUCAACAUGUGCUGGAUAGUGCACAGACAGCCAUGAAUAUGCUAUCGGGAAUCCGUGUUUUUAGAGGGCGACGUAACGAAAAAUAGGCACCUUAUCCCUCGCUCCAAUUUUGCUGCCUCGUACACCACGGCUUGCGCAUGCCUGUGCCAAAUCUGUUACCCUGCCUUAGGACAGAAUAACAUUGUGUUUGAUUAAAAACACAACCUGUUCCCUCAUCGGAUAUCGGCCACGGUUUCCAAGCUUGUCCGUUUUACACAGUUUACUCUCAACCUGUGGAGGUAACUAAUGUCUGCCAGUAGUAGCACCUCUCCUCUGACCUUACCUAAACCCUUCGUCCACUCUCAGCAUCAGACUGCCCCCCCGACCCCCUCUCCAUCCCCCAGCCCUCCGGUGCCACUCUACGUCCGCCUCUCCAAUGGGAAUCACAGUGUCCCGAGCCCCACCUGCUCCCUUCACGGAGGAGUGUCCUUCCUCCUUCAGAUCGGACUCACCAGGGAGAUGGUCACCCUGGAGCCACACGAUCUGUCACUCAAUUCGGUCAAGGAUUUGGUCUGCUCCAUAGUCGAUCAAAAGUUCCCAGAAUGUGGAUUCUUUGGCUUGUACGAUAAGAUCUUGCUCUUCCGCCAUGAUCUGAACUCAGACAACAUCCUCCAGCGGCUAAUGUCGGCAGAGGAUAUCCAUGAGGGAGAUCUUAUUGAGGUCGUCCUGUCUGCUCAAGCUACAGUGGAAGAUUUCCAGAUCCGACCUCAUGCUCUUUACGUCCACUCCUACAAAGCGCCCACGUUCUGUGACUACUGUGGAGAGAUGCUGUGGGGACUCGUCCGGCAGGGCCUCAAAUGUGAAGGAUGUGGCCUGAACUAUCACAAGCGAUGCGCCUUUAAGAUCCCUAACAACUGUAGCGGUGUAAGGAAAAGACGCCUUUCCAAUCAGUCUCUGCCCGGACCUUCGCUGUCUGUUCCCCGUCCUGCACCAGCCGAGCAUGCUGUCAUGGGCCUGGAAGAGCAGCGCCUCCAUCAGGAGCCAGGUAAGCGGAUGCCAUCGUGGAGCGGUCGGCCAAUCUGGAUGGAGAAGAUGGUGCUGGGACGUGUGAAGGUUCCUCACACCUUUGUGAUUCACAACUACACCCGUCCCACCAUCUGUCAGUACUGCAAACGGCUGCUAAAGGGGCUUUUCCGCCAGGGCAUGCAGUGUAAAGACUGUAAAUUCAAUUGCCACAAGCGGUGUGCUUCAAAGGUACCAAAAGACUGUCUUGGAGUCUUCAAUGGAGAGCCGGCCAGCCCUGGUCCUGACUCUGAUACCACGAUGGAAGUAGACAGCAGUGAUGUGAACAGCGAUAGCAGUCGGGGUCUGGAUGAUUCAGAGGAACCUACCACUCCAGAAGACAAGAUGUUCUUUAUGGACUCCCCCUUCAUGGACCGUGAGAAAGAUGAAGAACCUGUGAAGACCAUCAGCCCCUCGACCAGCACCAAUAUCCCACUGAUGCGUGUAGUUCAGUCCAUCAAACACACCAAACGGAGGAGCUCCACUAUGGUCAAAGAAGGAUGGAUGGUGCACUACACCAGCCGAGACAAUCUUAGAAAGAGACACUACUGGAGACUGGACAGCAAGAGUCUGACUCUGUUUCAGAAUGACUCGGGAGCCAAAUUUUACAAAGAGAUUCCCCUGUCAGAGAUCUUGCAGGUGGAGGUUGCGCGUGACUUCAGUAGUUUAGCCCUGGGAGGCAAUCCACACUGCUUUGAGGUCAUCACGGCCACCAUGGUGUACUACGUUGGGGAGAACACCGGCGGCCCCCACCUCCACAUACACAACCCUGCGCUGGCGGCCGGAGGCGUGGGGCUGGAGGUGGCCCAGGGCUGGGAGAGGGCCAUCCGCCAGGCCCUGAUGCCCGUUCCAGUAACACCACAGCCCAGCGUGGGCGCCGCUGCGGGACAGAAUAAAGAUCACAAGGAACUGUCCAUCAGCAUUUCUGUAUCUAACAGUCAAAUCCAGGAAAAUGUGGACAUCAGCUCAAUCUAUCAAAUAUUUGCUGAUGAUGUGUUGGGCUCUGGACAGUUUGGCAUCGUUUAUGGAGGGAAACAUAGAAAAACAGGCAGAGAUGUGGCCAUCAAAGUAAUAGACAAAAUGAGAUUUCCCACCAAACAGGAGAGCCAGCUGAGGAACGAGGUUGCCAUCUUACAGAAUUUGCACCAUCCUGGCAUUGUAAACCUAGAGCGGAUGUUUGAGACUCCAGAACGAGUGUUUGUUGUCAUGGAGAAACUCCAUGGUGACAUGCUGGAGAUGAUCCUGUCCAGUGAGAAGAGCAAACUUCCAGAGCGCAACACCAAGUUUCUGGUCACACAGAUCCUUGUGGCUUUGCGACAUCUCCAUUUCAAGAACAUUGUUCACUGUGACCUGAAGCCAGAAAAUGUGCUGUUGGCGUCUGCGGAGCCGUUUCCUCAGGUAAAACUGUGCGACUUUGGGUUUGCUCGGAUCAUCGGGGAGAAGUCUUUCCGGCGCUCAGUGGUGGGAACACCAGCGUACUUGGCCCCGGAGGUGCUGCGCAGCAAAGGCUACAACCGUUCCCUAGAUAUGUGGUCAGUGGGAGUCAUUAUCUACGUCAGUUUGAGUGGCACCUUCCCCUUUAAUGAGGACGAGGAUAUUAAUGACCAAAUCCAGAAUGCAGCGUUCAUGUACCCUUCAACACCCUGGAAAGAGAUCUCUGCAGACGCUACAGAUCUGAUCAACAAUCUUCUCCAAGUGAAGAUGAGGAAGCGUUACAGUGUGGAUAAGACUCUCAGUCAUCCAUGGCUACAGGACUACCAGACGUGGCUUGAUCUGCGAGAGUUUGAGACGCGCAGAGGGGAACGCUACAUCACUCACGAGAGUGAUGACGCACGCUGGGAAAAGUACGCUUUCGAGCACAGUCUGAUGUACCCUAAGCACUUCAUCAUGGCUCCAAACCUGGACGAUAUGGACGAGGACCCCUAGUGGCCAUAGGAGCUGAACUGAGAACGGGGUCAUUUGAAGACAGCAACCUGUUAAUGGUGUGUCGCUACGGAGACUGAAACACAUCAGCAAUCUGAAGCGGACGAUGAGGAGAGCAAACUGUCUCGAGGCCAGUGAGGUUGAGCGCUCUCGGGAUGUCCGCGAGAGUCAUGGAAACUGUGGAUCCUUUUUCAGAGCGUGGAAGUAUUCAAUGGAAGUGCGUUCA